GACUUUUAUUUGGUUUUAUUUGUUUAGUUAUAUUACUUGAAUCUCCCAAUAUUGUUUAAAUGAAGAUCAAACGUCCAUAUGUUUAACUAUGUUAAAAAAAACACACACAGGCUUUCAUGGGGUGUCCUAAUUUUUUCACUUGACUGUAGAAUGUUAAUAUUAAAUUAAUUAAUAUAAAACUAUAAAUCUUCAUGUGUUUGCUUACAUGUUUGCUUAACUGACCUGAGGCUUCAGGGGAACAGAAAGUGUAAAGAAACUGAAUCCACUCCACAAAGUCACUUACACAGAUUAUUCACUAUAGAGUCACUGCAGUGUGGAAGUGUUUGUACUGCAACUUUGCUCACACACAUAGAUUUGAUGAAAUAGAUGUCGGUUUGCAGCUCUUUCACAACUAAUCAAAAGAGGAACUGGGUUUGAUCACCACCAGUUUAAGAUUUAGAUAAAGACAAGGUACAGACACAGAAGCAGACAGACACACUGAUAAGGGAAUAAAAGAACAGGACCUUUACUAUCUUUCUGAGGUGGAACUGGUGUGGAGAUCUUAGAGAACUUAGAAUGAAGACCCUCCUCAUCUUCAUCCUCUGUCUGAUCUCAGGGACUUAUGUCCAAACCCAAGAUGUUGAAUCCCCCAUGUGGCCAACUCAAACAAAUGCAUCAUCUGCUUCGACAGCACAACCUGACCAAAACGACUCUUCUGCAGCUGUUUCAGGUGUGUCUGUGUUUAUCUCAGUCAGUGCUGGUUUAGUCUUCUUAGCUGCUGCUGUAAUUACAAUCUACUACAUAUUCAAGUCCAAAGGUUUAAAAACAAUGGCACAAUCUUCCAAAGAGAUACAUGAUUAUGAAAACUACCAAUCAAAAAAAUAUUCUAACCAAUCAGAUUCAGUCAACCAGAACUCAAACCCCCAAACCAACCAAUCAGAAUUAGUCUACCAGAACCUAGACAACAAAACCAACCAAUCAUAUUCAGUCUACCAGAACCCAGACCCCAAAACCAACCAUUCAGAAUCAGUCUAUGAGAACCCAAACCCCAAAACCAACCAACCAGAAUCAGUCUACCAGAACUUGCACGCCAAAACCAACCAACCAGAAUCAGUCUACCAGAACCUAGAUCCCAAAACCAACCAACCAGAAUCAGUCUAUGAGAACCCAAAUUCCACCAAUCAGAUUCAGACUACCAGAACCCAGACUCCAAAAUCAACUAAUCAGAAUCAGUCUAACAAAACUCGGAUGGCAAAACCAACCAAUCAGAAUCAGUCUACCAGAACCUAGACAACAAAACCAACCAAUCAUAUUCAGUCUAUGAGAAUCUGUACCUCAAAUUCAACCAAUCAGAAUCAGUCUGUGAGAACCCAAACCCCAAAACCAACCAACCAGAAUCAGUCUACCUAAAUACAACUAUACAGGAUGUGUUUACCAAAGACUGAAAUCUGCCAGUCAGUGAAAGGGAUUCAGGUUCACCACCCAACUGGACUGAUGUUCAUCAAAAGAUUAUGCAGAAUAAUUCUUGGGAUUAUUUUUUGCAUGGUUGUUUUUGUUUUUUGUUUUGUUUUCUUUACCCCAGUGGCAUCAGUGGGAUUUAAACUUGUGAUCACCUGACAAGGUUUGAGCACAGGUCAGAUUUUGAUUCAUUAAUGUCGACAUUCAAAUGGCAAAAUGCUAAACAUCUGUAAUCUAAAGCAUGUGUGGUUUAAAGUAAUACCUUUGUGUUGCUUUGAAUGAUGUCAUGAUUUUUACUGUAGAUUAUUUUUAGUCUUUCAUGAUGUUUUCCUGUGAAUUGUUGGAGCCCACUCAUAUUUCCACUCAUUCUCUUAUAAGUACUAUUAUCAUUGCACAGCAUUUCUCUGCAGAUUGUUACUUUAAUCUCUAAGUUUAUAUAUUACUUAUUAGCCUGUCUACAUUUGUAGUUACAUUUUCAAGUUUUAAUCACUUUUUUGAGUUUAACCUAGCCCCGGGUAGACAAUUAGCUGGUCUAACAUACUCUGAAUGUUCACAUAGUCUGCUUAAUGCUGUUUAGUUCACAGAAACCUGUAUAUGCUUGUCUUGUGAGCCAUGUGAUUGUAUUUUAGAUGUUCCCUUCAAUAAAGAGAAUUUGCACGUGACACCACUCAGAGUUGU